UACAAGCAGUCAUUUGUUAGCUCUCAACUGUCGCGCGCGCUUCUAAAUGUCAAACAAUUUUAUCCGAUGCAUUGUUCCGCCAGAUAUUCAAAGAUAGCGGGUACUUUUAAUUAAGGAAACAAAAUAUUUUGGUCUUGAACCAUGAUCCACGAAAACAUACAAAUUGGAUUGGAGAACUUGAACGAAACGGAGACCAAUAAUAUAAAUGGUCAAAAGGAGGUUCGUAAAGGCAACGUCACAUAUGGCAUAGAUGAUAUACCACCAUGGUAUCUCUGCAUCUUUAUGGCUCUACAACACUACCUAACCAUGAUCGGGGCCAUAGUAGCGAUACCAUUUAUCCUGUGCCCCGCGCUAUGUAUGGAGGAUACCGACCCGGAUAGAUCUAAUAUUAUAUCCACUAUGAUUUUUGUUACAGGGCUCAUAACCUGGCUGCAAGCGACAUUCGGCUGUCGUCUGCCCAUAGUACAGGGAGGAACAAUAUCCUUCCUAGUACCCACGCUAGCAAUACUCGGUCUCCCAGCGUGGAAGUGCCCAGAACAAGCCACGCUGGCUGCUAUGAGUCCAGAAGAUAGGAGAACAGUCUGGACCAGUAGGAUGUGCGAAUUGUCUGGCGCUAUUGCUGUGUCUGCCUUGUUUCAAGUGUUUGGAGGUUACUUCGGCUUGAUCGGCUCGUUGCUGCACUACGUGACGCCACUCACAAUAGCACCAACAGUAGCACUAGUGGGGCUCACUUUGUUCGACCAUGCAGCGGCAGCGGCUUCUCAGCAGUGGGGGAUCGCGGCUGGGACGUUCAUAUUGCUGACAAUAUUUUCUCAAUGUAUGGGUGAAGUAAAGAUCCCCACAGUGGCUUGGAGGAAAGGAGUUGGUUUCACCAUUAUUUGGUUUCCGCUAUUCAAGUUAUUUCCAGUGCUGCUAACAAUAGUGAUAAUGUGGGCAAUAUGCGGGAUACUGACUGUAACAGGAGUGUUCGAACCGGGACACCCCGCUCGUACGGAUCUCAAAGUUAAUAUUAUAGAAGACGCGCCGUGGUUCCGAGUGCCGUAUCCUGGACAAUGGGGAACACCAACGGUAAGUGUAGCCGGAGUACUGGGCAUGUUGGCUGGAGUCCUCGCUUGUACUGUGGAGUCGAUAAGCUACUAUCCUACUACUGCUAGAAUGUGUGCGGCACCACCACCCCCUCUACACGCGAUCAACCGCGGUCUUGGAACAGAAGGACUCGGUACAGUACUCGCGGGGCUCUGGGGCUCCGGCAACGGGACUAACACGUUUGGGGAGAAUGUUGGCGCUAUUGGGGUUACAAAGGUAGGAUCCCGUCGCGUGGUACAAUACGCAGCGGGUCUGAUGAUAGUCCAGGGGGUGAUCGGGAAACUCGGUGCAGUGUUCAUCAUCAUCCCGCAACCGAUUGUUGGAGGACUGUUCUGUGUUAUGUUCGGCAUGAUUUCUGCUUUUGGUCUUUCCGCCCUGCAAUACGUGAACUUAAACAGUUCGCGGAACCUGUACAUCAUUGGGUUCAGCCUCUUCUUUCCACUCGUUCUGACUCGUUGGAUGUCAUCCCACCAUGCCAUACAUACAGGCUUCGAAGCUUUGGAUGCUGUGCUGCAAGUGUUGUUGUCUACAUCCAUCCUGGUGGGGGGAGUGGUUGGAUGUGUCCUGGAUAAUGUGAUUCCUGGUACUCGGGAAGAGCGUGGCUUGGACAAGUGGGCUCAAGAAAUGUGUCUCGAAGCGGUUGGUGCUAGUACAGGAGAUACUUACGAUUUUCCUGUGGGCAUGAGUUUUAUACGAAGAUGGAAUUGGACAACAUAUUUACCCUUCAUGCCAACAUACGAAGCGGGGAAAUUCACCGCUCUGUUCAAACGACAGAAGGAAAGUUGAAAAGAUGAAAGAACUAAAAGUUGGAAUUGAUUUCCGAAGGAAGAGCAAAGAUUUUGGAUUUUCGGCGAUAUUGUAGAAACUAAUAGUUGAAUUGUAUUAAAUGAUUUAUUAUUCA